AUGGCUGAUGAGACAUGCGAUGUUAGCACAACAGAACAAACGGCCGUGGCCAUCAGAUACCUUAGGAUCAGUAGUGAUGGCAGUCGUGAGGUGGCUGAAGAUUUCCUUGGGUUUGUCCAGUUAAAGGAAACCAAUGCUGAAGGAAUUACAGAUGCUCUUUUGACUAAGCUUGGAAAAUGGAACGUUGAUGUGAGUAAAUUGAGGGGAAAGGGUUUUGAUGGAGCUUCCACAAUGUCAGGACACAUAAGUGGAAUAACAACACGCAUACAACAAGCAUUACCACAAGCAAAAUACUUCACCCACUGUCAAAACCACUGCCUCAAUCUUGUAGUAGUCAACUCAUGCAAAGAUGUCCCUGAAGUAAGAAACUUUAUGGAUGCCUUUAGGCAGUUAAGCUUCUUUGUCAAUAACAGCAACAAUAGAAAAACUAUCCUUAAAUCAAAGAUCAGUCUGAAAGAAGUGGAUCAGCUCUUUGGAAACUUGAAAGAGCAUGAAGAAGAGAUUUUAUUGUAUUCUAACAGAAGGCUAGGCUUGGCAACCCUGUGUGAUACCAGAUGGUUGUCUCCAGUGGACUCAUUGAGUACACUUCUGGUUAAGUACAAUCAAGUGAAUAAUGCACUAGAUGACAUUGAUAUAAAAUCAACGGGCAAGUCGCGGUCAGAUACCUAUGCAUAUAUGAAGAUGAGUGAAUUUUCAUUCAUACUUACUGCUGUGAUGACCCAGCGUAACCUUACAUUCGUCAGACCACUCUCUGUUUCCCUCCAGUCUAGACAAUGUGAUCUUGUGGAAGCUCACGAAGAAUGCCAAAUUUUGAUUACUACGAUUAGGGAUGAAAGAAAUGAGUUGAAUUUUCACAGAUUGUUCACUAGGGCAUCUAGCCUGCUGAAAGAUACCUCUGGAGAAGAUCAAGAGCCAGAAAUCCCCCGGGCCACAGCAGGCAAAAGGCAUGCUCGAAAGGCUAAUGCACCAGCCACAACUCCAGAAGAGUACUACAGGAGUCGAUUUUCUGAUGAUAUAAAAGGUGCAAUGCUAGCGUACUACCUAUUGCCAAAGAAGUUAGCCAAGCUGACUAGGAUAUAG